GAUCGUAGUCAAAACACACUUAGAUCGAUGCAGGCAAUUAGGUCGGCUGUUUCCCUUCAACCUGCCUCUGUUAUUAUCCUCCUCCUCCUGCUGCUGGUUCUUUCACCACCUCCGACCGCUAACACGGCAGAAACCACCACCACUACCAUCACUAAAGGCACCAACAUCACGAGACCGGGAUGCCAACGAAAAUGUGGAAACCUGACUGUGCCGUUCCCUUUCGGAGUGGGCUUCGGCUCCGAUUGCGCUCUCAUGCGGAGUAUGGAAAUCAACUGCAACACAGCAACCAAUCCCCCAACUCCUGAAUUAGGGAACAUCCCCGUCUACGAGAUCUCCGACUCCCAGCUUAGGGUCGCCACCUAUGUUUCUCGAACAUGUUACACCGAGAAGGGGGAUGUCGACGUCCUGAGAGGAGACCCGGAUAAUUAUGAGACGGACCUUACCAGACAUGGUCCGUACACUUUCUCCGAUAAUAAUAAGUUCACCGUUGUGGGUUGCGACGACGAUGGUCACUUCAAAGGAACGGUACUCGGAGAAGGGAAGGAGUCAACCAAUCACUGCCCUGCCUCCUGCGAAAACCCGGAGGACGUCAGCGGCGGGAGAUGUACACCUACCGCCGGUUGCUGCGACCUCAGGAUGGCGAAAGGGUUGACGUAUGUUAGUAUAACCAGUAUAGUCUCCUCGCACAACCAUACUAGAGUCUGGGACGCUAAUCGCUGCGGGUACGCGUUUAUUGCGGAAGCCGGCAAGUUUCAUUUCCGCGGCUCUGAUGACCUUAAAGAUCCGGAUUUUGGACGGAGAAUUAAGGAAACUGUUCCGAUUGUUAUAGACUGGGCUAUAGGGAACGUCUCUUGUGACGUCGCACCGAAGACAGACGGUUAUGCAUGCAAGGGAAAGAGUGAAUGCUGCAACGCUGAAAAUGAUUCCGGAGGUUACCGUUGUAAAUGUAUAGCUGGUUAUGAGGGUAAUCCUUAUAUCGAUAACGGCUGCCAAGAUAUUAAUGAGUGCGAAGGUCCAAAUGGGAAUCCUUGUGGCGAUCAGAUAUGCACAAACACACCGGGAAACAAUACAUGUUCUUGCCCCAAAGGGUACAAAAGCGAUGGUAAAAAAAGUUGUGUCAAGCCAGAACCCCCCUGGAUCAAAGUUUCCAUUGGUGUGGGGAUAGGCCUUAUGGUCUUGGUUCUUGGAGUAACACGAUUGUACUGCUUCUUUAAGAAAAGAAGACUCAUCCGACUUCGAGAGAAAUUCUUUCGACAAAAUGGCGGUUUAAUCUUGAACCAGAGAAUAGCCAACAUAACAGACAGGACUGGAGUAGAUGCGCCGAAAAUCUUCACCGCCGUGGAGUUGAAAAGAGCCACCAAUGACUACUCAAGUGCCGAACUCGGCCGCGGAGGAAACAGCGUCGUUUACAAGGGCAUCCUACGCGACAACCGUGUUGUCGCCAUCAAGAAAUCUAAAACCAUGGACGAGAGCAAAAUCAGCGAAUUCAUCAACGAAGUGAUCAUCCUCACUCAGAUCAACCACCGGAAUGUAGUCAGGCUCCUUGGUUGCUGUCUCGAGGUCAAAGUUCCGAUAUUGGUCUACGAAUACGUCUCUCACGGCACUCUCUAUGAGCACAUCCACAAAGACGGCGGUAGCUCGGAUUGGCUGUCGUGGGAAACCCGAUUAAGAAUAGCCGUAGAAGCUGCCUGCGCACUCGUCUACCUCCACUCAGCCGCAGUAAUACCUAUAUUCCACCGAGAUGUAAAAUCCGCUAAUAUAUUACUAGACGAAAAUUACAUCGCAAAAGUUUCUGAUUUCGGCGCGUCCAGAUUAAUCCCUCCGGAUCAAACCCACAUAGCCACUUUGGGCCAAGGAACGUUCGGGUAUUGGGACCUGGAAUACUUCCGAACGGGUGAAUUCACCGAAAAGAGCGACGUGUACAGUUUCGGAGUCGUUAUUUGCGAGCUUCUGACCGGGAUGAAAGCGGUUUCGAGGGAAAGAAGCGAGGAGAAGAAGAAUUUGGCCAUGUAUGUGGUCAGAUCCAUGGACAAGAAUCAAUUGUUCAAAAUUCUGGAUCGGUGCGUUUUGAGGGAGGCGCCAUUGGAGCAAGUGGAGAGAGUUGCAGAUCUGGCGAGGAGAUGCGUUCGACCGAAGGGAAAAGAUAGGCCUACGAUGAAGGAAGUGGUGAUGGAGCUUGAAAGGUUGCGAAAGAUGAAUAAAGAGACAUGGGGUCAGGGAGCCCGAAUACCGCGGAAUGUUGUUGUAAAUGUUGAUCAAAUGAACGGCCAUGGUGGGUCGUCCUCACCGUCUGACCUUUAUUCGCUUCAACUGAAUUCUACGGCUCGCACGAGUGAAUAUUCUUGCGAAACAUAAUUCCCGUUAAUACCACGAAAUGAUGUUAUUCUUGCGGGUCAAAUGAACCGCCAGAAUAUAUGGGCCGAUCAGACCCUUUUAAAUUGAUCAAUUGUAGCAUUAUUUGAAAUCUUAAAUGGAUCAAUUUCUGCGCUAAAUCAUUACGUCACAACCCUUUUAAAUAGGGUUUAACCACUCAAUUGUAUGGAUGAUUGAAUGAAUAUCCACUUUUGGCUAUGUUCGGCAAUACUAGCUGAAACUAAC